CUCCAAGAUGGCAGCGCGCAGGGCAUGCGACCGUGAACCGCUUGGGCUCGGUCUCGAGUGGUAGCGUGAGCCGGCUUUGCAGCGCCAUGGACCGGCCUGGCUUCACAGCGUCCCUGGUGGCUGGUGGAGUAGCAGGUGCCGCUGUUGACUUGAUAUUAUUUCCUCUGGAUACCAUUAAAACAAGGCUGCAGAGUCCACAGGGAUUUAGCAAGGCUGGUGGUUUCCGUGGAAUAUAUGCUGGCGUUCCUUCUGCUGCUAUUGGAUCCUUUCCUAAUGCUGCUGCCUUUUUCCUCACCUAUGAAUAUGCGAAGUGGUUUCUGCACACGGAUUCAACCUCCUACCUGACGCCUGUGAAGCAUAUGCUGGCCGCCUCUGCUGGGGAAGUGGUCGCCUGCCUGAUUCGAGUUCCCUCUGAGGUGGUUAAACAGAGGGCACAGGUCUCUGCCUCUGCCAGAACAUUGCAGAUUUUCUCAAACAUCUUAUGUGAAGAGGGUAUCCAAGGAUUAUAUCGAGGCUACAAAAGCACAGUUUUAAGAGAGAUUCCUUUCUCUUUGGUCCAGUUUCCCUUAUGGGAGUCCUUAAAAGCCCUCUGGUCCUGGCGGCAGGAUCGUGUGGUGGAUUCUUGGCAGUCAGCAGUGUGUGGAGCUUUUGCAGGUGCGUGCGCAGCCGCAGUCACCACACCCCUGGAUGUGGCAAAGACACGGAUCAUGUUGGCAAAGGCUGGCUCCAGCAUGGCCACUGGGAAUGUGCUCUCUGCCCUGCACGGUGUCUGGCGGUCCCAGGGCGUGGCAGGGUUAUUUGCAGGCAUCCUCCCUCGCAUGACAGCCAUAAGCCUGGGCGGCUUCAUCUUCCUGGGGACUUACGACCAGACGCGCAGCCUGCUGGGAGAAGUUGGCAGGAAGACCCCGUGAAGAAGAGCCACUCCUGAGAAGGGAGCCUGCCAGAACUGAAAAUCCACAGGAACCAACGCCAGCAGCCUGGGAGCCAGCCUCUAAAACACCUGCCGGGCGCAUCUGUUAGGACGAACUUCCCUGUCUGACCAGCUGCCCGUGACAGGUCAGCCGCUGUCCUUGUGCUCCGUCAAGAACGAACUGGAAACCUGAAGAGCCAAAGUGCCUGUCCGCGAGGUGAGCGCCCCACAGCUCUGACUGCCGAGCAGCCACGUGCAACACAAACGCAAGCUUCCCCUCCUCCCGCCCCACCCGCUCCUGGAACAAAGGUGGUUUUAGCCGCUAAAUUCCAGCCACGCAUUAAGGCACCAAAACUUGUCCCUCACCCUCUCCAACAUUAAACAGCAACCUGAUAGGAAAAAUAAUAGUGUCAAAACUGUGUAAUUUUUUUGUUAACCAUGCACUAAAGGUUAAAAUAGCCUCUGUAAAAGAUAUAAUAUAUAUGAAAUCUCUGAAAACUCUUAUGUACAAUGGUAUCAAAUACUUUUUUCUGCCAUUUGUACACAAGUAGCCUCUCGCAUGCUACCUCUGGCAGUCUGUUCAGCCAUGGAGCCUCCAUGCGGAAGCUGCACCUCUGUACAGCGCAGACACUUGCAGCCACGCUUCCUCACAGGCUCCUCCCUCUGCCGGAGUCCUGCCAUGGCCAGAGCUGAGGUAGACCAAGCCUAGCUUCUCGGCCCCCUGUGUUUCCCAGGGAGCUGUCCUGUGCGUGGCAAGGCCUCGAGUCACAGGCCUGGGGGACAUGCCCGCAGGGAACCAUCAAGUGCC